UCAAGUGUCACCUGGACAUAAAACAAUUAGCUCGCUGAUGGACGCACUGCCGACUCACUUUCUUAAAUAGAAUCACCAUUCAGUCGAAUGAGUUUAUUUUUUACUUUUUUGUUUUUGUUUGAGAAUGAGCAAGAACAAGAGACCUAGAAGUAUCCUAGACUCACCAGCCACUGUGGUCGAUGUUUGGAAACGCGAACUCGGCCUUCUCUCCACCCGGAAUUUCGUGUACCGUCGUCGUGCCUCUGAGGAUCUUGUCUGUCGACUUGAUAUUUACAAGAAGCUUGUUAAACAUCAAGGUUGUGUGAACACAGUAAGCUUCAAUGCAGACGGUGAUAUUCUGGUGUCAGGCUCUGAUGACAGGCGGGUUAUACUUUGGGAUUGGGUAACUGGGCAUGUCAAACUUUCAUUCGAUUCUGGUCACUAUAACAAUGUUUUCCAGGCGAGAAUUAUGUCUUUUGCAGAUGAUCGCAGCAUUGUUACCUGUGCUGCUGAUGGGCAGAUUCGUCAUGCUCAAAUUCUGGAAGGCGGUGGAGUGGAGACUACUUUGCUUGCCAAACAUCAAGGACGGGCAAAUAAAUUGGCUAUUCAGCCUGGAAGCCCUCAUAUACUUUAUACCUGUGGUGAAGAUGGACUGGUGCAACAUAUUGAUUUGAGAACCAGGGUUGCUACUGAACUUUUCACUUGCCGUCCAGUUGAUGAUAGAAAAAGUAACAUGCCAGUAGUAAAUCUAAAUGCAAUUGCAAUUGAUCCCAGAAACCCAAAUCUCUUUGCAGUUGCUGGACUGGACGAAUAUACUCGACUUUAUGAUAUUCGCAAAUAUAAGUGGGAUGGUUCUACAGAUUUUGGUCAACCUGCUGAUUACUUUUGUCCUCCAAAUUUAAUUGGCGAUGACCAAGUUGGAAUAACUGGCGUGGCCUUCUCAAAUCAGAGUGAGCUUCUGGUUUCAUACAAUGAUGAAUUUAUCUAUUUGUUUACUCAGGAUAUGGGAUUGGGUCCUAACCCUGUGCCUUCUUCUCCAUUGUCUACUGGGAGUGAUGCUAGUGAAAUGGCACCUGGUCAUCCCUCACCUUCAUCAACUAUGGAUGUCGGUGAUAUAGUUACUCCCCAAGUUUACAAGGGGCACAAAAAUUGUGUGACAGUAAAAGGUGUGGACUUCUUUGGGCCAAAUUGUGAAUAUGUGGUCAGUGGGUCAGACUGUGGUCGAAUAUUCAUUUGGAAGAAAAAGGGUGGAGAGCUCAUCCAUGUCAUGAAAGCAGACAAGCACGUGGUAAACUGUAUUGAGCCUCAUCCUCACUCCAUAGUGCUUGCAAGCAGUGGAAUUGAAAGUGACAUUAAGAUAUGGACCCCGGAGGCUAUUGAGAGAGCUACUUUGCCUGUAAAGAUUGAACAGUUCGAACCAAAGGCCAGGGGCUGGAUGCACUCUGUUAUUUCACUGGAUGACCUGAUGAUGCAAUUGUUUUCAUUGCAAAGGCAGAGGACCGAUUAUGAUCCAGAGCAUGUUGGUGAAAGCUUAGCUGCAGAUCGGGAACUUAGAGAGCUUUUAUUAACAUUCAAUGCCAACGGUGACACAUCUUCGGAUGCAGGAGAAGGGCCUUAACCAUGAAAUUUGGUUUUCUGAACCAGGCUGUGACAUUGUUUUGGACUAGGAAAAAAAUGCUAGUAUUUGUACAUAGCAUAGUUAUAAAACUGUUUUGAGUAGGAGUUUGCAACUUCUUGUUAACUGUUUACUCAUUAUUCAAGUUCUUCCCCAUUGAUCUA